AUGGAUAUAGCCCUUGUAGGUAUAUUUAUAUGCUUUAUUGGCUCGUUUCUAGGCGCAUUAGGAGAUAAAUUUGUUCACGAUAGUUAUAGUAAAGACGAAAAUGAAAAUUAUAAAAUAUCAAAGAAUAACUUAUGGAUAUUAGGGAUAUUAUUAAGUGUUGUAAUCGAUUCUUCUUUUACUAUGAUUGCUUUAUAUUUUACUUCGGCUGCAUUAGUCACUCCGUUUGCUGGAGUUCAUAUAUUAUGGAAUAUUAUAAUUACAAAUAUAUGUUUAAAAAUAAGAACAAGAUUACAUCAAUAUAUGGGAAGUUUAUUUUUAAUAUGUGGUAUAAUUUUCAUUAUUACUUUUUCAGAAAAGAAAGUUGAUAUUAAUAAUAUGAAUGAUUUGAUAAGUAUGUAUAGUCAAACUAAAGUUAUCGUUUACCUAGUUUGUGUUUUUUCUAUAAUAAUUAUUUUAUUAAUCAUGUGUUUAAUUCCAUUAUGUUUUCAGAAUAUGAAUAAUAUAAAAUAUCUGAGAAAACUAAAGUUUUUAUAUUCUAGAAAAUUCAUGAGUACUCAAAAAUUAUAUGAUAAAUCUUUUAUUCAAAAAAUUAGAAGAGAUACAAAAUCAUUUGAAAAAAAUUUUCUCUAUAAAAACAAAGAUUACAGUAAGAACUCAAUUCAUUAUUCUAAUAAUCAUAAUAACACUAAUGAUAAUGUAACAGUUGAUAAUGGUGAUAAUAUAUGUAAUAAUGAAGAUAGCAUAUUUAUUAGGGAUGAUAAUUCACCUAUUUUUUUAAAAUCAGAAAAUAAAAAUAAUUUAGAUAAUGAAUUGAAUGAACAAUUAGGAGAAAAUUUAAGCUCUCUACCAAAUGAUAGUAUUGUUGUAAUAAAUAAACAUGAGAUAUACAUUAAUUUAAUGAAUAAUUUUUAUUCAAAAGAUUCUAUUAUAGAAUUAUCUAAGAAAAAAUUCUUUGCAACAGACUAUGAGAAAUUAAAAAAAUAUGAUUCUACUAAAAUUACAAAAAAAAAAAAUAUUUGUAAAAAAAAUUUGAAGGAUAAUAAAUCUAAUGCAUUUAAUAUAAAAAAAAAGUGUAAUGAAAAAGAAGAGAAACAUAAAUCUUCAUUAAUUAAUAAAAAAAUUAGGGAAUCAAGAAUCAGAAACAGAUUUUUUAUAUUUUUAAAAAAUAAAAUGAGAAAAAACACAAUUAAAAAAAAAAAAAAUAGUAGUAUAAAAUGUAUUGAUUUUUUUCAAAGUGAAUCAAAGAUCAGAAAUAAUAAAGAUGAAGAAAAAUACACAAUUAAUAAUAGUAACCAUUUAUUAUUACAUAGCAAUUCGCAAAUUUUAAAUUACGAUGAAAAUAAGCAGAAAAAAAAACCUAAACUAUGUGAAAAAGGGAAUGAGUCUUUUUAUUACAUAGAUAGUCAUAGUACGAAAAGUAGUAAAGUAAUUGAAAUAGAUGAAGAGAAUGAUAUUAUAAUGAUACAAUGUAAUGAUAAUAUUGAAAUCAAUAAUUAUCAUCAAAAUGAAAUUAACCAUGAAAAUAGUACAAAGAAGAAGAAAAAAAUAAAGGAAAAUAAAAAUUGCAAAGCAAAAAAUGCUCAUCCUUUAAAAUAUUUUGAAAAAAAUCAUAAUACUUCAAUAAUAAAUACCUUAAAUGAUAAUAAUAAUAAUAAUAAUGAGGAUGUUGAUAUUAAUAAUAAUGAUGAUAUUAUCAAUAGUGAUAAUGAUAUUAAUAAAAAUGAUAAUAAUAGUAAUAAUAAUAUUAAUACUAAUCAUUUUCAAUAUAUGUCUUUUAUAACAGCUAUUUACAUAAUACCAAAAAAAUCAAAAAAAAUUUACACUGAAACUAUUUAUUAUAGAAUUUAUUGUAGUACCUUGUGUGGUAUAUCUGGUGGAUUAGUAAAUAUAUUUUUUGAACAGAUAAUAGGAGUAUUUUCACAAGAGAAAUUUCAUAUGUUUGAAUAUUUUUUUUCAUAUUUUUUAAUUUUCUUAGCCUUAUUUUGUAUAUCUAAUCAACUAAUAUUUUUAAAUGUAGCCUUAUCUCAUUUUAGCGUUACUUCAGUUAUUCCUUUAAUUAUGUCUAGUAUUGUUUUUUUCAGCAGCUUAACUACUAUUAUUAUGCAGUUAAAAGGAAGCAAGAUUGAGAUUAUAAAUGCUUUGUCAUUUUCUUUUGGUGUUUUGUUAGUUAUUGUAGGAAUACUUUAUUUGCAAUAUAAUAUAAAUGAUUUAAUUAUAAAACGUAUAAAAAAAAAAAAAAAGUAA